AUGAAUGUCUGCACGGAUAAGCCCAUUUCCCUACCUCCAUUUGAUGUCCUGGGCGCCGAUGGUAAUGACCGAGGCAUGCAGUCGCCUGGUGGUUCACAGCGUGGCGGUCGUGCCCCCAUGGGUAAUGCACGUCCCAAGCCUACUCAACCUAUGGGUUCGUUCAAUCUUGGCAACAUGAAGCUCAACGGGGGUAUGCCUAUGGGUAUGCGCAACCCCAGUGGUGAUACCCGCAUUCACAGAACACCCAGCGAUAAUAGCUUUUUGCCUCGAAACAAUGGUAUGCCACGUCCUCCUUCACAGCGCAGCUCUCGCGGCGGUAAGCGUGGUGGCGGUGGACAGGGCCGCGGUGGCGACCGUAUGCAUCAAGAACCUGCAUUGACAAUUCCUCUUGCAGAUGUUGCUCCUCUUGAGAAGACUGAGAAUGCAUGGACCCCUAACGUGAGCACCAGUUCAGUACCCGCCACAAUUUCUGCUGAUGAGCCCAUUUCCCAGGACGUUGUUGCCCGCAAGGUCAAGGGUCUGCUCAAUAAGCUUACGCUUGAGAAGUUUGAUAGUAUCUCGGACAAGGUCCUUGAAAUUGCCAAUCUGAGCGCCAAGGAGAAGGAUGGAACCACAUUGAAGCACUGCAUUAAGCUCAUUUUCGAAAAGGCGACGGAUGAGCCCAAUUUUGGAAGUGUUUAUGCAAUGUUAUGUCAGAAGCUUAUGGAUAAGAUCACGCCCGAAGUUAAGGACGUUACUGUUGAAGGCUCAAAUGGAGGAAAGCUUUUCCGCAAAUAUCUCCUUCAUCGAUGCCAAGAAGACUUUAUGCGUGGCUGGAAAGACAAGGCUUCUGCUGGCGGUGUCUCACUCAACGACAAGGAUGGUCCUGAUCUGAUGUCUGAUGAGUACUAUAUCCUCAUGAAGGCUAAGCGUCAAGGAUUGGGUCUUAUCCAUUUUAUCGGAGAGCUUUUCAAGCUUAAUAUGUUGACAGAAAAGAUUAUGCAUGAGUGUGUGAAGAAGCUAUUGGCCAACGUCAAAGAGCCGGAAGAAGAAGAGACUGAGGGUCUCUGCAAGCUUAUGACAACUGUCGGAUUGCAGCUUGACAGACCUGAGGCCAAGCCCCACAUGGAUGUUUACUUUUUCCGCAUGGCUGAACUGACCAAGAACAACAAACUUCCUAGUCGUAUUCGUUUUAUGGUUCAAGACGUCAUCGAUCUGCGUGCCAACAAGUGGGUCAACAGGCGUGCUGCAGCCGGUCCCAAGACCAUUGCAGCCAUUCACGAAGAAGCUGCCAGACAGCAAGAGGAGAAGGAGAUGAUGCGUCGCACGGCUUCUUCUGGCGGUGCUCGUGGCCUGCCUAAUCGUCGUGAGCAGCUUAACCGUGGCCCCUCCUUCCGUGGUUCUGGUGAUGCUCGCCAGGAUAUGGGUGGCGUUCCUCAAGUUGGCGCUGAUGGCUGGUCGACUGUUGCACCGGCUGUGACCAAGAAAGCUGGAGAUCUUUCUUCAUUCGGAAACACCAGUCGCUCCAAGGUUAGUGGUCCGCCCAGUCUCGGACCCAGUAACGCUGUCUUUGGAUCUCUUUCCAAGGGAAAGCGUGGCGAGGCCAAGGCUGCUUCUCAGAAUGAAGCUAGUCGCCAACUCAGCUCUACAAACAGUUUUGCGUAUGUUGCUACAAAGAGAGAGAGCAGUGAUCGUCGUAGUAGUGUUGAUGCUGAAAAGCCUGCUGAACGAAGGCCCUUGAAGCUGCUGCCUCGCUCGACACCUGUUUCUGAUCAAGGAGCCGCCACUGUUGCGGAGCCUAAAGCAGAGGAGCCAAGUGCUCCAAAGAAGACAAAGGAAGAGGCUGAGCGCAGUAUCCAGAAUACGCUGAAGGAGUACUUAUCAUUGAAGGACGUGAAUGAAUUGCUGCUGAGUGUCAAGGAACUGGAUGAUUCCCAUCGGCCACUUUUUGUCGAAGUGUUUGUUACUCAGGCUAUGGAAAUGAAGCAGUCAGAUGUCGAUAGUAUCGCCGACAUCUUCAAGAAGCUGUUGUCAGAGAAGGUCUUGACACCAGAAGAUUUUGAAGAAGGCUUUACAAACCCACUUGAGUUCCUGCCUGACACUGCAAUCGACGUUCCCAAUGCAUACAAAUACACAGAACAACUCCUCGAAGCAGCUGGUAUGGAUCCAGCCAAAGCUAAAUCCUAG